AGGGAGGUUCUGCAGGUCAGGGUGAUGUUGUGAGUGCGAUGGUGUCUGAGGUCAUGAAGGUGGCAGGUUCUGCAGGUCAGGUUGCUGUUGUGAGUGGGAUGGUAUCUCAGGCUGUGCAAGGGAGAGGUUCCGCAGGUCAGGGUGUUGUGGAGGAGGGUGAGAUGGAGUCUGAGCCUCUGCAGGAGGGAGGUUCUGCAGGUCAGGGUGUUGUUGUGAGUGAGAUUGUGUCUGGUGCUGUACAGAAGGGAGGUUCUGCAGGUCAAGGUGCUGUUGUGAGUGAGAUGGUGUCUGCGGCUGUGCAGGAGGGGUGUUCUGCAGGUCAAGGUGCUGUUGUGAGUGAGAUGGUGUCUGAGGUCAAGCAGGAGAGAGAUUCUGCAGGUCAGGGUGUUGUUGUGAGUGAGAUUGUGUCUGGUGGUGUGCAGGAGGGAGGUUCUGCACAUCAGGGUGUUGUGGAGACGGAAGAGAUUGUGUCUGAAGCAAUGAAGGAGGUAGGUUCUGCAGGUCAGGGGGUUGUUGUGAGUGAGAUGGUGUCUGAAGCCAUGCAGGAGAGAGGUUCUGCAGGUCAGGCCAUUAUAGAAGUGAGUGAGAUGGUGUCUGAGGCCAUGCAGGAGGGAGGUUCUUUAGGCCAGGGUGUUGCUGUGAGUGAGAUGGUGUCUGAGGCUAUGCAGGAGGAAGGUUCUGCAGGUCAGGCUGUUAUAGAUGUGAGUGAGAUGGUGUCUGAGGCUGUGCAGGAGGGAGUUUCUGCAUGUCAGGGUGUUGUUGUGAGUGCGAUGGUGUCUGAAGCCGUGCAUGAGGGAGGUUCUACAGGUCAGGGUGUUGUGGAGGUGGUUGAGAUGGUGUCUGAAGCCACACAGGAGAAAGGUUCUGCAGGUCAGGGUGUUGCUGUGAAUGAGAUGGUGUCUGAGGCUGUGCAGGAGGGAGGUUCUGGAGGUCAAGGUGUUGUUGUGAGUGAGGUGGUGUCUGAGGACUUGCACGAUGGAGGUUCUGCAGGUCAGGGUGUUGGUGUGAGUGAGGUGGUGUCUGAGGACUUGCACGAUGGAGGUUCUCCAGGUCAGGGUGUUGGUGUGAGUGAGAUGGUGUCUGAGGACUUGCAGGAAGGAGGUUCUGCAGGUCAGAGUGUUGUUGUAAGUGAGAUGGUGUCUGAGGACUUGCAGGAAGGAGGUUCUGCAGGUCAUGGUGUUGUUGUGAGUGAGAUGGUGUCUGAGGACUUGCAUGAUGGAGGUUCUGCAGGUCAGAGUGUUGUUGUAAGUGAGAUGGUGUCUGAGGACUUGCAGGAAGGAGGUUCUGCAGGUCACGGUGUUGUUGUGAGUGAGAUGGUGUCUGAGGACUUGCACGAUGGAGGUUCUGCAGGUCAGGGUGUUGUAAGUGAGAUGGUGUCUGAGUUCAUGCAGGAAGGAGGUUCUGCAGGUGUUGUUGUGAGUGAGAUAGUAUCUGAGAGUGUUCAGGAGGGAGGUUCUGCAGGUCAUGGUGUUGUUGUGAGUGAGAUGGUGUCUGAGGACUUGCACGAUGGAGGUUCUGCAGGUCAGGGUGUUGUAAGUGAGAUGGUGUCUGAGGUCAUGCAGGAAGGAGGUUCUGCAGGUCAGGGUGUUGUUGUGAGUGAGAUGGUGUCUGAGGACUUACAGGAGAGAGAUUCUGCAGGUCAAGGUGUUGUUUUGGAUGAGAUGGUGUCUGAGGCUGUGCAGGAGGGAGGUUCUGAAUGUCAGGGUAUUGUUGUGAGUGAGGUGGUGUCUGAAGCCACAGAGGAUGAAGGUGCUGCAGGGCAGGGUGUUGUUGUGAGUGCGAUGGUAUCUGAAGCUGUGCACGUGGGCGGUUCUACAUGUCAGAGUGUUAUGGAGGUGGUUGAGAUGGUGUCUGAAGCCACACAGGAGGAAGGUGCUGCAGGUCAGGGUGUUGUUGUGAGUGAGAUGGUGUUUGGGGUGGUGCAGAAGGGAGGUUCUGCUGGUCAGGGUGUUGUGGAAGUGGUUGAGAUGGUGUCUGAGGCUAUGCAGGAGGAAGGUUCUGCAGGUCAGGGUGUUGUAGAUGUGAGUGAGAUGGUGUCUGAGGCUAUGCAGGAGGAAGGUUCUGCAAGUCAGGGUGUUGUAGAUGUGAGUGAGAUGAUAUCUGAGGCUCUGCUGGAAAGAGGUUCUAUGGGUCAGAGUGUUGUUGUGAGUGAGAUGGUGUCUGAGGGCACGUGGGAGAGUGGUUCUACAUGUCAGGGUGUUGUUUUGAGUGAGAUGGUGUCCGAGGCUGUGCAGGAGGGAGGUUCUGCAUGUCAGGGUGUUGUGAGUGAGAUGGUGUCUGAGGUUGUGCAAGGGGAAUGUUCUGCAGCUCAAGUUGUUGUUAAUGAGAUGGUGUCUGAGGCGGUACAGGAGGGAGUUUCUGCACGUGAAGGUGUUGUUAUGAGUGAGGUGGUGUCUAAGGCUGUGCAGGAUGGAGGUUCUGGAGGUCAAGGUGUUUUUGUGUGUGAGAUGGUAUCUGCAGCUGUACAGGAGGGAGGUUCUGCAGGUCAGGGUGUUGUGAGUGAGGUGGUGUCUGAGGACUUGCAGGAGGGAGGUUCUGCAGGUCAGGGUGUUGUGAUUGAGAUGGUGUCUGAGGACUUGCAGGAGGGAGGUUCUGCAGGUCAGGGUGUUGUGAGUGAGGUGGUGUCUGCAGCUGUACAGGAGGGAGGUUCCGCAGGUCAGGGUGUUGUGAGUGAGGUGGUGUCUGCAGCUGUACAGGAGGGAGGUUCCGCAGGUCAGGAUGUUGUGAGUGAGGUGGUGUCUGAGGCCUUGCAGGAUGGAGGUUCUGCAGGUCAGGGUGUUGUAGAAGUGAGUGAGAUGGUGUCUGAGGCUGUGCAGAAAGGGUGUUCUGCAGGUCAGGGUGUUGUUGUGAGUGAGAUGGUUUCUGAGGCCUUGCAGGAGGGGUGUUCUGCAGGUCAAGGUGGUGUUGUGAGUGAGAUGGUGUCUGAGGCCUUGCAGGAGGGAGGUUCUGCAGGUCAAGAUGUUCUUGUGAGUGAGACAGUGUGUGAGGCUGUGCAAGGGAGAGGUUCUGCAGGUCAGGGUGUUUUGGAGGUAGUUGAUGUGGUGUCUCAGGGUGUGGAGGAGGGAGAUUCUCCAGGUCAGGGUGUCAUGGAGGUGUGUGAGAUGGUGUCUGAGGCUGUACAGGAGGGAGGUUCUGCAAGUCAGGGUGUUGUUGUGAGUGAGAUAGUGUCUGAUGCUGUGCUGGAGGGGGGUUCUGCAAGUGAAGGUGUUGUUGUGAGUGAGAUUGUGUCUGAGGCUGUGCUGGAUGGAGGUUCUACAGGUCAGGGUGUUGUUUUGAGUGAGAUGGUGUUUGAAGCUGUGCAGGAGGGAGGUUCUGCACGUCAGGGUGUUAUUUUGAGUGAGAUGGUGUCUGAGGACUUGCAGGAGGGAGGUUCUGCAGGUCAGGGUCUUGUUGUAAGUGAGAUGUUUUCUGAGCCCUUGCAGGAGGGAGGUUCUGCACGUCAGGUUGUUUUGGAUGCGGAUAAGAUGGUGUCUGAGGCCAUGCAGGAGGGAGCCUCUGCAGUUCAGGGUGUUGUGGUAGGAGCUGUGUGUGAGGCAGAGGAGGCUGCAGAGGAAGCUAGCUUGGGAGAAGCAGGGUUUGCUGGGGCAGCUGACCCUUAUGGGGAAGAGGCUGUCAAGGAGACAAUUUCUGGGUGGGUGGAAGCUGUGGAGCAGCCUGGGGCUCUCCUUGAGGCCCUGGGGAAUCGGGAUGUGUGCACAGGAGAGUCUGUGCCUGGAGGAGAUGACUUUGUAAAGCCAAAUGUGUUUUCCCAGCUGAAAGCAUCAGGGGAAGAGUUGGCGCAGAAGGGGAAAGCAGCAACACCUGAGGUUGGCGAGGCAUUGGAGGUGGAGGGGAGUUCUUUCCUGAGAGUAGAAGACACAGUGGAGGAGUCUGUGGAGCCUGGCAAGGGUCCCCUGCUGCAAGAGGCACCUGCACUGGAGGCACUGGUGGGUGCUGGAGGGGAUCCCUUAAGUGAAGGAUCACUUAGGCUGGAGGACACCUCAGCAGCAGAAGAGGAGGAGGGCUCAGCAGAAGCAGUCUUGUGUGGAAACCCAUCUCCAGGCAGCAAGGCAAAGACGGAGGGAGCAGUGGAAGGGAAAGCGGAUGGAGGGGUGGGGACGGCGUGUGUGCAGGUGGCCAGAGCAGAGCCAAGGCCUGGAGAAGAGGGCACGGGGCGAGCAGCAGGUCCGGGGGAGCGGGCAGAUGGGAUGGAGGGACCCGCGGGGUGUGCUGAGGGGACAGGGAAGGCGCAGCCUGCCGGCGACGGGGCAGUGGAGGGGGCAGCGGGGUCUGCCCCGGGGCGGGGGGGGAGCGCGGCGGGGGCAGCGGGGCAGGAGGGGCCCGCGGAUGGGGCCGCCGGGGCCGAGGCGCUGAGCUCCCCACGGCUGCAGCGGGGACAUCCGGGCAGCGAGGACGGGGCAGAGCAGGCGGCGGGGGGAGCAGAGCGGGAGCAGAGCGGCCUCCAUGGGGGCACUGCAGAGGGAGCAGCAGCCCCUGUCCCGGCGAGUGCACAGAGCCCUGCUGGGGCCGGGGAGCAGGGGACGGACAGUCCCGUCGGAGGGAGCCCGGACACCCCAGGAGCUGCUGAUGCGGGCGAGAGGAGCCACAGUCCCCGUGAGGAGCCUGCAGUCACAGACACCGCUGUCGUGCCCCCGGUACAGCCCCAGCUUGGGAAAGAAAGCAGCCUCUAAGCUUUUUCUGCAGCUCCUUCCUCAACACUGACACAAGUUGCUGUAGCUUUGUGCUGAUUGCAAUGUUCCCUCCUUUAUUUCACUCCAUGAGUACCACAACUGUCUGUCACAUUUUACCAGAGCAGCUUCUCCGUGUGCAGCAGACACCCAAAGCAAGCCUGAACCCGCCAGCCCAGGGAGCAGCACACUCAGAAUGAUGAAGAGGACAAUCACAAGGGCUGUUCCAUGCUUGCUUUUCCCCAGACACAGGGAAAUACUGGACCAGCUGAGUCUCCUCCCCCAGCACCACUGCUGCAGGCUGAGGGUGGCUGUGCUGUGUGUGCUCACAGGACAGGAGGUGUCUGCACCCAGUGCCCGCGGUGGUGGCUGUGUCCAUGUCGUGACUGCUCUUCCCUGUGUGUCAUUUCCUAUUCUGAGCUGCAGGCUCUUCGCUGUGAGCCAGGGCUGUGUCCCUACCGCUGCCAUGGGCACCCACUGCUGCUCUGACUCCCAUAGGGCAGCUGGGGGUGCUUGGCAGGGUCACGAGAUGGGGUGUUUGCUUGGGGGAUGCUGCGCUCCUUGGCGGGGGGGUGUCUCUGUCCUUGGGGUCCAGGCUUGCUGCUGGCCAUGCUUCAGGGUGUUCUUGUCACUUGGCAAUGUUGAAGAUCAUUGGAUCAGAGCAGCUCUAAUGGGUCUGUGAAUGAAUAAAGCCUUUUGCUUCUG